AUCGUUGGCAAGAGAAGGACAAAAUGUCCUUGCUACGCUAUCAGCAGGGCUUGUGACGAUCACUGUUCCUGUUACAGUUGCGGCAACAGUUAUGGAAAGAAAGAAGAAAGUAAAAAGGACUUUCCAUCAAGGAAAAGGAAGAUGGUUUCCAGUCCUCCUUCACUGAAAAGGACUCGAACAUCGAAAGUUCUUGGGGAACAGGGAUUCGAGAUUAACUGGGGGAAAUGGACUAUUGUUGAAGCCUGUCUUCUUGAAACUGUGGAGUCUUUUCUCUGUACCACGAAUGUCCUACCAACCUAUCAAAAUAUAACAAAGUUGUACAAUUUCGUGGCUAACAGCAAUCGUGCAUCUCAUCUCAAGCUUAAUGUAAACCCGAAAACAGAAAAACAAGUAUUGGGAAAACUUAAUUUUAAGCAUUCGAGACACAGUGCCUUAGAAAAUUUAUUUUACGGCUUAUCAUAA